AUGCUCAAGCCGAAUCUCAUCGUCUGCUUCCUUCUUCUGGUGUCAGCUGCAGUCAUCUUUGCGGGAAAGAGUAAAGAGAAACCUGACUGGGCCAAGAAGGACAUUCGUGACUACACUGACGCCGAUUUGGAACGCCUUUAUGAGCAGUGGGAAGAGCAAGAAGAGCCUCUGCCCGAGGAUGAACAGCCAGAGCAUAUGCGAAAACCGGCUCCGCUUGAUAUGUCCAAAAUGGACUUUUCUAAUCCUGAAAACGUUCUCAAGCUGAGCAAGAAAGGCAAGACUCUGAUGACGUUUGUUUCAGUUGCUGGUAACCCAUCUCGCGCAGAAACCGAGAAGGUCACUGCUUUGUGGCAGUCCAGCCUCCAGAACAGCCACAUUCUUGCCGACCGCUUCAUUGUCGCUGAUGACCGUGCCAUUUUCAUGUUCAAGGAUGGAUCCCAGGCCUGGGAGGCAAAGGACUAUUUGGUUGAGCAAGAGCAGUGCAAAGAGGUGUCCAUCGAAAACAAGGUGUACCCUGGAAAGUUCUCGUCAGGUCAUGAAGAACUGUAA